CAUUGAUUGUCAUGUUGUCUCGGAUGCUACAGCUCUUCGUAACGCCCAGCCCGCCACCGGCUAGCCGACCGGCCUCGAAGCCGGGAAUUCCUGAUCAAUCAGUUGGCCAAGGCUGGAAAUAGAGAACAGGUUGCAAUCAAGUAAGAAGAGAAAAAAGAAAAAAAGAGAAUAGGAGCGCGAAAUAUGUCGUUUGCGUCAGCGCGGCUUGCAGCAGUGGCAUGGCGUUCCCGGGGUGUUAGCCGUCAUGGACACGCCCGCCAACACGCAUGCAGCUCUCCACAGUCAAUCCCAUGGUCCAUGCGGAUCGAAUCCCCCAGCAGGGCACAGGGGGGCUGGAGGGACUUGAGACAGGGAGCCAACAGACGAAGCUGUGCUGUGUUCUGCAUUUGGAGACAAUUUUUUAUUUUACUUGGUUCUGCAUCUCGAUCCCUGGCAAGCGAUGCCAGCCGCCAGGCGAGACGGCAAGAUAACACCGGCCAGACGGACGCGAACGAGGGCCGCGGCUCCCCUCCCCCAUGGCACCUGGCACCUGGGGAGAUUGGCGUGCGCAUUGAUGAUGCUGAGGAUAUGCUGCCAGCCCGUCAUCACGCAGUCAUGGCAACGCGUCGAGGGCCUUUGCCGUGCCGCGGUGACAGGGGGCAAGGAAAGUCGUGGCACGGCAGGCGUUCUCGUAAGCUCUGUACAACUCAGACAAUAUCCCCAAGCCUGCCACAUGCCGCCGUCCCGCGCGCCAUCUUGGAUUCGCCCUGGGUGAUCGACGGCGAGCCGAAUCGGAGCGAUGCAAGAUUGUUAUGCGGGGCCGGGGCAGCUUGGCCCAGGGCGAGUGCUGAUUGACUCGUUCGGCGUGUUUCCCGUCCGCUGGUGGCUUUUUUUUUGUAUUUGUUUGUUCUUGUCAAUUCCACGGGAGGGGUCCUUUUGACGGCCCCGUUGAAUCAGUGGUAGAAUCAGGAUUGGGUCUGGGCGUGUCCGUCUGCAGGAGACGUACAGUACGGUACGGUAC